AUGGCUAGCUCUUUGUCUGCUGAGCAGCCACUAUGCCAUGCACACGAGAGCUCCGCCCUGUUGCAAUUCAAGCAAACCUUUUCAAUUGACAAAUCCGCUUCUAGUGAUCCUUCUUCUAAUCCCAAGGUUGCAUCAUGGAAGCUCCAAGGAGAGAGUGGCGAUUGCUGCUCAUGGGAUGGCGUCGAAUGCGAUGAGGAUACGGGUCAUGUGAUUGGCCUUGACCUCAGCAGCAGUUUCCUCCACGGUUCUAUCAAUUCAAGCAGCAGCCUCUUCAGCCUAGUUCACCUUCAGCGACUUAACCUUGCUAAUAAUGAUUUCGAUUACUCUCACAUUCCAACAGAAAUUAGCCAUCUCUCGGAACUAAUAAGUCUCAACCUUUCCUCCUCUGUAUUUUCCGGUCAAAUCCCUUUGGAAAUCUCAAAAUUAUCCAAAUUGGUUUCCAUUGAUCUUUCUUACAAUGAGGAAUCAUCAUUUGGACUACUGAAACUUGAAAAGCUUGGUCUCAGAAGCCCACUUCAAAACUUGACUAACCUCAAAGUGCUUCUUCUCAAUUACGUGAGCAUAUCUUCUGAAGUACUUGAUACAUUGGCCAACUUAACUUCCUUGACAACUCUCGUUCUUGAAAAUUGUGGGUUGCGUGGUGAGUUUCCAAUAAGCAUAUUUUACCUACCAAACCUUCAAGUUCUUGAUGUAAGUUCCAAUAGAUAUCUCACUGGCCAUUUGCCCGAAUUUCACCCAAGUAGCCCCCUUCAGCAGUUGAUGCUUUCUGAGACUAGUUUUUCGGGGAAGCUACCGGAUUCGAUUGGAAAUCUUAAUUUCUUGAAUCAUUUAGAUUUCUUUGGCUGCUAUUUCUCAGGGUCCCUUCCAGCUUCACUCGGUAAUUUGACCCAACUCAAUUACGUGUCGCUUUCAUCCAACAAAUUUAAUGUAGGGACCCUACAAUUGCUUGGUAAGCUAACUGAACUCACUCAGUUGGGCCUUAGUGACCUCAAUCUAUACGGUUCGAUCCCAUCAGUUCUUUCAAACCUAACUCAACUUACUUAUUUAUUCCUGUCCUCCAAUCACCUAAGUGGUGAAAUACCAUCUCAUAUAACCAACCUAACCCAUCUAAUUUGGCUAGAUCUUUCAAUUAAUCAAUUGCGAAGCCCAACCCCAAGGUCAUUCUCUGAGCUAAAGAAUCUUGAAAUUCUAGAUCUUUCUUUCAAUAACCUCGGUGGCUUGGAACUUGAAAUUUUUCUGAUGCUCAAAAAUCUUACCGAUCUCUGUUUGUCUGGUAACAAAUUAACAGUUCUAACCAAAAAAACUUCAAAUAACAGUCUUAAAAAAUUAAAGAUGUUAGAGUUAAAUUCAUGCAACUUGAGGGAAUUCCCAAAUUUCUUGCGCUUCCAAGACAAACUAGAAGUUUUAUCUCUUUCUGAAAACAAAAUUCAUGGCGAAAUUCCGGCAUGGAUGUUGAAUAUAAGUGUAAAUAUAUAUCUUCGGAAUAACUCUCUAACAGGCUUUGAGCAACAUCCAGAUAUCCUUCCAUGGGAUAAUUUACUCGAGUUAGACCUUUCUUAUAACAAGCUACAAGGACCACUGCCAAUUCCACCAUUAUCCACCCGCUUUUAUAUUGUCUCACACAGUGGAUUGACAGGAGAACUUCCACCAUUGAUCUGUCGAUUGAGUUCUCUUCAUUUUCUUGAUUUGUCUAACAACAACUUGACUGGAACUAUUCUUCCAUGUUUGAGUAACUUCAGUGAUUCUUUGAAAGUUGCGUGCUUUUCGGGGAAGCUACCGGAUUCGAUUGGAAAUCUUAAUUUCUUGAAUCAAUUAGAUUUCUCUGGCUGCUAUUUCUCAGGGUCCCUUCCAGCUUCACUCGGUAAUUUGACCCAACUCAAUUACGUGUCGCUUUCAUUCAACAAAUUUAAUGUAGGGACCCUACAAUUGCUUGGCUUUGAGCAACAUCCAGAUAUCCUUCCAUGGGAUAAUUUACUCGAGUUAGACCUUUCUUAUAACAAGCUACAAGGACCACUGCCAAUUCCACCAUUAUCCACCCGCUUUUAUAGUGUCUCACACAAUGGAUUGACAGGAGAACUUCCACCAUUGAUCUGUCGAUUGAGUUCUCUUUAUGUUCUUGAUUUGUCUAAUAACAACUUGACUGGAACUAUUCCUCCAUGUUUGACUAACUUCAGUGAUUCUUUGACAGUUCUAAAUCUCCAAGGCAACAACUUUCAGGGUCCCAUUCCUCACUCAUACAAUAGAGGAAACAAAUUGAAGAUGAUUGACUUGAGUGAUAAUAAAUUACAGGGGAAGGUGCCAGGAUCAUUGGCAAAUUGUACCGAGCUUGAGUUUCUUGAUCUCUCAAAUAAUCUGAUUGACGAUGCAUUCCCCUUGUGGUUAGGAGAUCUUACAAAGUUACAGGUGCCAUCAAAAUACUUUCAAAAUUGGAAUGCAAUGAAAUUUUUUGAUGUCGACAAGAUGAAUUAUAUGAACACAAUCAUUGAAGGACGCGGGAUCAAUGCCAGUUAUUUUUAUUUCUAUUGGUACACAAUGAACAUUACAAACAAAGGUGUAAAUACAGAAUAUCAGGAGAUCCAGAAUAUCUUCGCUGUCAUUGAUCUCUCAAGCAACAAAUUUGAAGGGGUGAUUCCAGAAUUUAUUGGAAACCUUAAGGGGCUUAAGCAGCUCAACCUUUCCAACAAUAACCGUAAUGGUGGAAUCCCAUCAUGCUUGGGGAACCUAACAAACCUUGAAUCUUUGGACCUUUCUCAAAACAAGCUCUCGGGAGAAAUCCCGCAACAACUAGCACUUCUCACUUUCCUUGAAUUUUUAAAUGUCUCAAAUAACCAUCUCACUGGACCCAUUCCACAUGGGCAGCAAUUCAACACAUUUGAGAACAAUUCCUACGAGGGGAAUUCAGGAUUGUGCGGAGACCCUUUAUCAAGGAAAUGUGGAAAGUUAGAGGCACCACCACCAUUGAACUCGGAACAAGAUAAUGAUUCAGCGUUCCCAAGUAAAGUUGAUUGGAAUUUCAUAUGCACGGGAUAUGUGAGUGGGAUAGUAGUCGGGAUGGUUAUUGGGCACACAAUAACCACAAGGUAUCACGAAUGGUUCAUCGAGAAUUUUGGAAGGAAACAGCGCAAGCUGAGAAGGGAGAAAAGGAGGGGACAUGGAAAUUGA